GUUCGGGUUGUAAAUGCGGUUCAUACAAGUCAACAUGUCACUUUUAAGAGUUUGUUUUUUCGUCAAAUGUUUUGAUCGGCGCAGUUUGCUUGCGGAAUGCUGUCAGCGAUGUUUGUUGAAGAGAAACGGCGCAAUUGGACAACUGUCAGACGCUCAUUUGCAUCUUCACCGAAGAAACGUCUCCUUUUCAGUUCAGAAGACAGACGAUGCAAAGAAACGUAUUGUGAAACAGUCUCAGCUGUUAGAUGUGCUGGAGGCCAGGAUCCAGCAACUUCAAUGUGAUGGCCUUCUUGAUGUCCAAAAAGCAAAUGUGGGAUUUCUUCAAGACUCCUCCUCCACGAGACGCACUUCCUCUGGUAAAAGUUGUAAGAACACACCUCAGGAAAGGCCUGACAUUCCCAAAUCAGCACAAAAGGACAACAAAGAAUCCUCAAAAUCGGAGCCCAGUCGCUGGAUGAAGAAAUUAACUCUGGAGAAGAACAAACUGAAUAGACAGAAGACCCUCAAGCAGAAAUUGAAGAAUGACGUCAGUGAGAAACCACAAAAGCAUUCAAGCUGUCAAGUCAAGCUUAAACUUCCUGGUACAACUUUCAAAACAAUAUCGACUUCAAAGAGCAAAGUGAAUAUGAUGUCUGAUAACAUUGGUGCUGUUGUUUCUUCCAUCAAAACCUCUGCUGUUGCUGCAGAAGGGAAGGUCAUCACAAAAUCAAAAUCAGCAUCACAAAAAGCCCUCAAAGUAAAAAAAAAGGAGUCUAAGAAUGAAGUUCCUAGUCCAAAGACCCAGCUGGCAGAGGUGGAGAAUCUGGAGAGGAGGCUUAGCCAGCAAGUGGAACAUUUGUCCUGCUCAAGUCAACCAGAGCGCCCUCGACAGGGCGCAGAACGAGCUGCAGGGGACAUCCGCUCCAGCAUCGUGUCUUACCUGGAGACGUGUGUGUUUGCGGGGCACAUCGACCGGGCGCAGAAUUUCCUGCUCAGCCAGCACAGACUCAGGAGUCGGCGGACGCUUCUAAACACGGACGUCUAUAACAUCAUGAUGCGGGCCUGGGCCAAGAAGGGGACCUUCAAUCUGGUUGGUCGUUUGUUUAUUCUCCUAGAGGAGGCGGGUCUGCGACCAAAUGUUGUGUCUUAUAGUGCUGCUCUGGAGUGUAUGGGCCGGACUUAUAACUAUCCUCCUCGACUUAUUUCGAGGUGCUUGAAGCACAUGGAGGAGGAUGGCCUCUCUUUGGACGACAUCUUCAGCCAGUGUGUGUUCCAGCUUGACGAAAGAGACAUGGUACUGAAGGCUGCACGCGUCAUUCACCCCGACUACCAGCCUGCCCCUAUUGUCCCCACAAAGCAAAGCUAUUCUUCAUUGGUUCACGACUUCUACACAAAGAGGGAUAACCACCAAUACCCAAAGCUGAAUUUCACUCGGGAGGAGCUCCAGGAACGUUUCAAAUUCCAGCUCAGCAUGGAGCAGGCAUGCACCGUCACUAUUGACUCUGUGGAGGCUGCCAAGCCCAUCACAAAAAAAAUUGCCAAAAUGAGAGCACUGCUGGUGGAGCAACGGGCUCAGUGGCGCAAGGCCCUCCUGCAGGCCUGGAGAGACAGCAAGAUGAUCCUGGCCAAGACCAACACCAGGGAGUUCAGACUUAACCUCUAUCCCUACCUCUGUGUACUGGAGGACAGUGCAUAUGUUGAUAUCAUGAUACAGAGUGUUGCCACCAUGCCUCCCAGUGGAGAGGCCCUGCUAAUUUUAGCCAAAGAUCUGGGCAGCCGGGUAUACACAAAGUACUCGGUCCAGCAGAAGGACCGCAGUCAGAUGUUGGAAAAGUUGGGCAAUAUUUACAACGCUUACACAGACCUACUGGCCAAAGAUACCAAGGAUUAUGACAUCCUUCCCAGGGAGCAGUGGUGCAAGCUGGAGACUGAACACCCUUCGGGGCCCACGCUACAAGCGUGCGAAUCCAACUGGCCUCACGUGGUUACUCUGGAGUUGGGAACGUACCUGUUGGAGUUGAUGGUCAAGAACUUGAAAAUCAAUAGUGACAUCCUGAACCCGGCCUACAUCAGAAAGCAAAUCCCCAUCCUUUACCACAUGUACACCUUUCGCAACACCCGCCAGGUUGGCUUCAUUAAGCCCCAUCCCAUCCUGACUCAGAUGCAACAGGAGGCAACCGAGACCAAAUUGACCUUUGACUCCUACGUGAUGCCGAUGCGCUGCCCUCCCGUUCCCUGGACGUCGGCCAAAUUCGGCGCUUACCUGCUGACACCCACCAAGCUGAUGCGCAGCAUUGACGGGGCGACGCAGCAUGAUGAGUUGUUGGAGCGGUGCCACAACCUCUAUGCGGUCCUAGACUCCCUUAACCAGCUGGGUAACUGUGCCUGGAUGAUCAACAAACCUCUCUUGGACACAAUAAUCUCCAUCUUUAAUGAUCGGGGUAGCGACAAGCUAGACAUACCUCCUCCCUUGUCAGAAGCCCCCAAAGUACCCCACUUCAACUCCAAGGAAACCUCUUACACUGCCAGCGAGAAGGCCCACUUGAAAAGGGAAGUGGUCAUUGCCAGAAAGAAAUUCAGCGAGAUGCACAGCUUGCGCAUGGAUGCUCUAUAUAAACUAUCUAUCGCAAACCACAUUCGAGAUGAGGUCUUCUGGUUCCCGCAUAAUAUGGAUUUCCGAGGACGCACAUACCCAUGCCCUCCAUACUUUAAUCACCUGGGAAGCGAUGUGACACGGUCCAUCCUACUGUUCGCAGAGGGGAAGCCGCUCGGACCAAAAGGCCUGGACUGGCUCAAGAUCCACUUAGUCAAUCUGACGGGGUUAAAAAAGAGGAGCUCGCUACAAGGAAGGCUGGAGUACGCCAACACUAUCAUGGAGGACAUACUGGAUUCUGCUGACAACCCUUUGAAUGGCAAGAAAUGGUGGAUGAAUGCAGAUGAGCCAUGGCAAGCACUCGCCUGCUGCAUGGAGAUCGCCAAUGCUACGAGAUCUCCAGACCCGACGCAGUUCAUCUCUCAUUUCCCUGUGCACCAGGACGGCUCCUGCAAUGGUCUGCAGCACUACGCCGCCCUCGGUCGAGACAUUAUUGGCGGCACGUCAGUCAACCUCGUGCCCUGCGACGUGCCGCAGGACGUGUACAGCGGAGUAGCGCAGCAGGUGGAGGAGUUCAGAGUCCGGGAUGCUGAGAGCGGCCUGAAAAUCGCCCAAGUCCUGGAGGGCUUCAUCAGCAGGAAGGUGGUCAAACAGACUGUGAUGACCGUGGUGUACGGGGUCACGCGUUACGGGGGAAGGCUGCAGAUCGAGAAGCGGCUGAAGGAGAUUGAUGAGUUCCCUAAGGAGUAUGUGUGGGAAGCAUCUCAUUACCUGGUACGUCAGGUGUUCAGUGGCCUUAAGGAGAUGUUUACUGGAACCAGAGAGAUUCAGGACUGGCUGACAGAGAGCGCCAGGCUCAUCUCCAAGACGGGCCACACUGUGCAGUGGGUGACGCCCCUGGGUUUACCCAUCAUCCAGCCAUACCACCGCGCGCGUAACCAUGUGCUGAAGAGCACCAUACAACAGCUCAACGUCCAGAUCAGCCAUGACACCAAAGAGAGGCCAGACACGAUGAAACAGAAGAACGCCUUCCCACCAAACUUCAUCCACUCGCUGGACUCCACCCACAUGAUGUUGACGGCUCUUCAAUGCUACAGCUUUGGUUUGACAUUUGUCUCAGUCCACGACUGUUUCUGGACACAUGCCCUCACCGUGGACACCAUGAACAAGGUCUGUCGGGAGCAGUUUGUGGCACUGCACAGUCAGCCCAUCCUCCAAGAGUUGUCCGACUUCCUGCUCCGCAUGUACUGCACUGACCAUAUGCCUGACACCAAAAAGAAAACGUAUUUGGAGUACCGGAGGCUCAUGCUGCUGCUGGCCAAAGUGCCUCAGACAGGGGACCUCGAUCUCGACCGAGUCAAGGAAUCCACGUACUUCUUCAGCUGAUGGAGGGAGAUCGACUGAGCUUGGGCGCCAUAUUCCUUAUGCAUCAGCACGUCGAUGCAGGCCAUGAAAACCCCACCACCACCCCCUGUUGGUUUACAAAGACGUUCUUUGAUAUCCUGGUGAACCUGCCUGAUUGGAGGGCUCAUAUCUGGGGAAAGGGGCAGGGCACUCAAAGACUUGAAUCAGGGAAAAGAAGUUGUUCUCAUAACAAACCCUUUUCUUUGGCAUGAGUGCCUCUGAUUGGCUGUGUGUGUGUGAGUGUGAUGGACGGGCAGAUAUGUGAGGACCCCCACGGUGGACUGACUUCCCUCCAUCAUUAUCAUCAUCAUCGUGAGUGGUUGCAAGCAGGAUGCUAGCUGGGAACUAUGAGGAAUACGGUCAAGGUGGCUCCUCCUAAACAUCUCUGGUACGCCUCACUCAACACUUGACAACCAUUGUCAAAGACAUAACACAGAAAGUGUUCUUCAAAGUAAAACAUGUGUUAAAUAGAACACUAUCAAGAUGAAGAUGAAGAUGAAGAGGCUUUUUUGGCUGCACAGAGCAUUUAAAAAUAGCACAAUUGUGUCUGGAAAGUGUGGCUGAGUGACAGUAAGGUAAUGUGAGAUGAUUAAACACGUGGAGAUGUGCCUCAUAUUUUAUAAUAAGCAGCAUGCUUUGAUCUGUUAGUAUUCUUCCACAAUCAUGUUUUACCUCUUAUUUAAAAAUUCUUUCAUUGUGUGGAGUGCUGGUAAGUUUGUGUGCCAGGGAAGAUUUUUUGCGGCCGCUAAUGCCGCUUUAAAACAUUUACAACUAAAAGCCAUUGUUUUAUUGUGUCUGCUCAAUACAUUAAAAGAAGAGUCAUUAUUUUUGGAAAAGUGCUUCUCUGCUUUAUUUCUUCAGGUGAUUACAUAAGGACAUUAUUAGAGCUGUCGAUGCGUCAACACAAGGGACGAAUAUGACCUAGCGUCUUCUGUAUUUUUGCAUGUAGUCUUACAUGCAAGUGAAUACUGUAGCUUAUCUACAUAGUGGAGAAGUUGGUGAAUUACAAUAUCUUUACCUCCAUGACCAAAAUACAAUAAGUCACUGAUUUCCACAAGUUAAUGAAGGUAUUCUGUUUUUUUCACCUGUUGAGAUGAACAUAACCAAUAUUACCAAUAAUUGAUAUUGGAGUUACUAUCAGAUUACGAUCAUUGUCCUGCCCCACGCCAUGUGCCUUUUCAAAACAACAGAAGGGGGCUAUAAAAAUACUGAGUACUGGACUUAUUAACUUAUGUAUUGUUGAAUGGAAGUGAUCUGCUCCGUAUUCAUUUAUUUAUUUUUAUUCUAUUUGAUUAUUUUUCUUAUCUCUCCUAUCUUGCUUUGUUUUAUUUUAAGUUUAUUAU